UAACGGUGGAUUCCGUGAUAGAAAGAAACUUCAAACUUGUAGCAAGCAAACACAUGUAAACUCUGAAGCACACAACACAACACAACCAGUCAAUCAAUCAAACCCCAAAAAUUUCAUCAAUUCAAAACCCUAAUUCCCCUUUUCUUUACACCCAUUCAACCACUUCUUUCGCCUCAAAAUCCUCUCAAUUCAACCGGAUUCUCACACCCACAUUUCAACAUCAACAAUCCACCACUUAAAUUUCAAUGGAUCACCAGCAGCAGCAGCAGUUUUCCGGUCUGAUGAUGCCACCAAAUUCAUACUACAACAAUAAAGAUUCAAACUUGAUCAACCCCUUCAACAGUUCUGACCAUUUUGUUGACGGAUCGGGUCAGUCCGGCGGGUUUGGGGAUGGUGGGUAUGGAAAUGAGCCGGAGAAGAAGAAAAGAGGGAGGCCCAGGAAGCAUAAGGGGUCGCCCGAUGGCGACAUUGCGAUCGGGUUGGCUCCGGUUGAUGGUGGUGGGAAUUUGGAGUGUUUUGAUGGGAAUGGUGGAAGUGGAAGUGUUAAUGUGGAUUCAUCUGGUAAGAGACAGAGAGGGAGGCCUGCAGGGAUUCUGAAGAGGCAGUUGGAUGCUUUGGGUGUGGCUGGAAGUGGGUUUACUCCUCAUGUUAUUGUUGUUAAAGAAGGAGAGGAUAUAGCCUCAACGAUGGUGUCAUUUUCAAAAGAAGGACCUCGUACAAUCUGUAUUUUAUCUGCGAAUGGUGCCAUCAGCAAUGUGACUCUUCAACAGUCCGCAAUAUCGGGUGGCACUGUAACAUAUGAGGGCCGAUUUGAGAUAAUAUCGUUAUCCGGCUCCUUUGUUUACUCAGAAAGCGAUGAUAACGGUAACCACACCAAACCUAGUGGAUUAAGCGUUUCUCUUGCCGGUUCGGACGGCCGUGUUUUGGGUGGUGGUGUUGCCGGAGUGUUGGUUGCAGCAUCGCCCGUACAGGUUAUCGUCGGCAGCUUCGUUACAGAUGGGAAGAAAGCAAAGUCUAGCAUCGAGCCAUCACCAGAGGCACCGCCAAACAUGUUGAGCUUUGGUGGCAGUGGAGGGGCGGUUCCUGGUACAAGUCCUCAAUCUGACGGGCCGUCAGGUGAACCGUCUGAUGAAAGUGGCGGCAGCCCUGAUCAUAUGUUCCCUGAUUUCUAUAAGAACGCUACUGAACACCAACACCAACACCACCAGCAGCCGCAGGAGCAGCCGCCAACAACCAUGCAGAAUCUGCAGAUGUAUGCAAACAUGGGAUGGCCUAGCUCCACCAUGAACAUGCUACCGAAUUGACCGCAAAUGCAAAGUUUCGUUAAAAUAAAGCUGACAUCGUGAUGAUGAUCGUGGUGGUAGGGUGAAGAUGAUGAACAUGGUGCGUGUUGCAUCGAGUAUAUUCACAUAUGCUAACCGCAAUUAUGCUUGAAAAUCUUUUUUUUUUUUUUUUUGGAAAAUUUUAACUUGUUUCCUUAAUCUUCUUGAUAACAUGGCUAGUUAAUUAGCGUAAGAUAUUGAUCUACAUAUUAGUAAAGCAUCUCCGCGAAACUUUAAAUUUA